GUUGGAAAAACAGUAGGUGGGGUUUCAGACGAGGUGUACACAAUGUACGCGACUACGGGGACGUUGAAUCCGAGCAGUCUUUAAAAGAGGCUUAAAGAAACAAAUCACUCACAUUAAAGGGGAGCAGCAACACAAAUAACUAAGUGUAUAUUUAAAAAAAAAUCAUCUUUUCCGGUUUCACAUACUGAAAGGGCCGGAUUGCCGGAGCAAAACAACCCACUUCACUCUUGUCCACCAGAAUGGACGCAGCUCCAGGAUAAAGUGAAGGAUGUCUUCUGCUGUUUACCUGUCGCUCCUGCUGCUGGUGUUACUGGAGACCCAACAGGUCACCUCGGGUUCACAUGUCCUCAGGAACCAGCGUGGUGUCGGAUUAGCCCGGCUGUCUUUAAACACCACACUAACCAUGAUGUCUCAAAACAACAACGAUAAGUGUGACCUUGUGAUGAACCUCAGCGCUGCAGACCGCUGUGCGUUUGUGAAGAACACAACAGACUGCAACAUGGAAGAUGGCUUCAUCAACUACCUUAAUGUGGCCUUCUGUCUGCUUCCUCCAAACCUCACACCUCUCACCAUCACUCUCUGUAUUAUAUGGCUGCUAUUUUUGUUCGUCAUUCUCGGACUCACCGCAUCUAAAUUUUUCUGCCCCAACCUGUCAGCCAUCUCUACCAGUUUGCACCUCACUCACAACGUGGCUGGUGUGACGUUUCUGGCUCUUGGUAAUGGAGCUCCUGACGUCUUCAGUGCCAUGGCAGCUUUCUCCCACCCACACACCGCUGGGCUGGCUGUCGGUGCUUUAUUUGGAGCCGGUAUAUUUGUCACCACAGUAGUUGCAGGCAGCGUGGCGCUGGUCAAGCCUUUCGCUGUGGCCUCCCGUCCAUUUCUGCGUGACGUCAUCUUCUACAUGGUGGCAGUGUUUUGGACUUUUCUUAUGUUGUUCAGAGGAACCACGACACUGGGAGAAAUACUAGGGUACCUGAGCCUCUAUGUGGUGUAUGUGUUGACUGUUGUCAUCAGCGCGUACAUCUACAACCGGCAGAAACAUUCAAUGAACUCCAGUGUGCAGAGUGUUGCACAUAUUCCAGCAGAGUUUCACUUGUCCGACUCGUCUGAUGAUGACGACGUUCCCUGCCUAAAUGGAGGGUCGGUCCAACAGGAGUACGAGUCAGAGUACAGGCCGCUUCUACCUUACGCUGAGUCCACCAGUCAGAUCCUGCUGAGCUCUCUGAACCCGGUGGACAACAGGAAGUGGAGGAGGAAAUCAAGGAGCUGGAGAGUCCUCAAAGUACUGAAGACUCCUCUGGAGGUCCUGCUGCUGCUCUGCAUCCCCGUGGUCGACCCCGAUAAAGACGACAGGAACUGGAGACGCCCGCUGAACUGCCUUCAUCUGAUCACUGCUCCUCUGGCGUGUGUGUUCAGCUUCCAGUCUGGAGAAUAUGGAAAUUAUAUGAUCCAAGGGCAGUUUCCCCUCUGGCUGCUGACACUUCUGCUGGGACUUUUCCUGUCUGCUAUUGUCUUCUGCACCACCACUAACGACUCCCCUCCCAGAUAUCAUUCGCUGUUUGCUCUGUUGGGCUUCGUGGUGAGUGCGUUGUUGAUCAGUGCGGCGGCCUCAGAAGUGGUCAGUCUUCUGCACAUGCUCGGUGUGGUGCUGAGUCUCAGCAACACUGUGCUGGGGCUGACUCUGUUGGCCUGGGGCAACAGCAUAGGAGACUGUUUUUCGGACAUCACCAUUGCCCGGCAGGGUUACCCACGGAUGGCCAUAUCUGCCUGCUUUGGAGGCAUCAUUUUCAACAUGCUGCUUGGAGUGGGUUUAGGAUGUCUGAUGCAGAUGGUGCAAACACAAUCUGACGUGCAGUUUGACCCAGAGGGUUUGUUGACGUGGGUUCUUGCAGGAUCGCUGGGUCUGUCUUUGGUCCUGUCCUUCGUCAUUGUUCCUCUGAGCAAGUUCCACUUGGGUCGGACCUACGGGAUCUUCCUCCUCGUCUUCUAUGCUGUCUUCCUUCUCAUUGCACUGCUCACAGAGUUUGGCAAGAUCCGCAUUGUGUAGAUCUGACUCUCAGGCCAGUCUGAAAUAAGGAACCUCCUUCUGUAAUGCAAAAUGACUCACUGGAACAGAAUUACACCCUCGUCCACACAUAAUAUGAAUGCACUAUUUGUUCAACCUUACACUUUGUGCACUUACCUUAGCCGUUGAAACCAAACCGGCAAAUGAAUGACAAUCUGAGACUUUUCUGCUCAGGAAGAGCUGAACACUGUGCCUUUAUUCAACAUAUGUUUUGUGCUGACUGGAGCUGGCACUUUGUGAGUCCAGAAGGAAAACACAGGAUGUAAAAUAUUGUGAAUGAACUAAAUGUACAUUAAAUCAAAAUGUUAAAUUAACCUUGUAAAAAAAAAAAAAGAAACUGCUUUUGGAGCAUUAAAUAAUUUUGGUUUGGUAUUUGUUUUUACA